UCUCUUUUUCAGUGGGUAUCAUGGGUUAAAACAUGAUCUGUCUGUUGCUACCUUAAAAUUCCAGCAAAACACACAUCUGGCAACUGCCCUCUCUCCCCCCUCCUUCUUGUUUCCACUGGUUUUUCAGACUUCCUCUGGUGGUGGAGACUGCCCAUCUGGAUGUUUUAAGCAUACAAAGGAAUUGCUGGAGCAAGCGAAAAAAAGCGGGAGAGCCCCCGAGGAAAGUUAAAAGAUGUGCCGAUAAGCCCCUGAUAAGACUUGACAACAACCGCCAAGGAGCAAAAAAAAAAGAAAGUGCUUUCUGGAGAAGAAAUAGAGGGGCAUAACAGGAAUCUAGCAACAGGAUGAAGGUCUACAUUUCCCUCAACUUUGUGGGCUGUGUUUUAGAAAUCCUUCUGAUCCAGCUCUCCAUCUUUCCCCCGACCUCAGCACCCCCACCACCAACCUUGAGACUUUCAGAAGACGUGUCGGGUCGAGAAUUGAUACCAUCACCCAUCAUAAAGUUUCCAGGGGAUGUUUCCCCCAGAACGGACAAAGAACUGGCAUUGCAAUAUCUCAACAAGUACUAUGGAUGCCCCAAAGACAACUGCAAUCUGUUUGUGCUCAAAGAUACUUUGAAGAAAAUGCAGAAAUUCUUUGCACUGCCUGAAACGGGAGAAUUGGACCAAAAUACCAUCGAAACCAUGAAGAAACCCCGUUGUGGCAAUCCGGACGUAGCCAAUUACAAUUUCUUCCCUAGAAAACCAAAAUGGGAGAAAAACCUCGUGACCUACAGGAUUUUAGGUUACACCCCAGAUCUGGAUUCUGAAACGGUGGAUGAUGCAUUUGCCCGAGCCUUCAAAGUCUGGAGUGAUGUCACACCACUGGAAUUUUCCCGAAUUCAUGAUGGGGAAGCAGAUAUCAUGAUCAAUUUUGGGCGUUGGGAGCAUGGUGAUGGAUAUCCUUUUGAUGGCAAGGAUGGUCUCCUAGCUCACGCCUUUGCACCUGGUCCAGGGGUUGGAGGUGACUCCCAUUUUGACGAUGACGAGCUUUGGACGUUGGGUGAAGGACAGGUUGUUAGGGUGAAAUACGGCAACGCAGACGGAGAAUUUUGCAAAUUCCCAUUCCUAUUCAAUGACAAAGAGUAUAACAGCUGCACUGAUGCAGGACGCAGUGAUGGAUUUCUUUGGUGUUCGACAACAUACAACUUUGACACAGAUGGGAAGUACGGCUUCUGUCCCCAUGAAUGCGACAUGAUGCAUCAUCACGUCACCUGCGGAAGGAUCACUUCCAGACUCUUGAGCCACAGGCUCUGCAGCCUGUGUUCAAUAGUAAAAGUCAAAACUCGCGAGAUCCCAGAGAGUUUUGCUUACUGCCAUGCUGGCACAACAGGACACGGAAAGAUGUGGUGUUCCACAACAAGCAGCUAUGAUGAAGAUCGCAAGUGGGGAUUUUGUCCGGACCAAGGCUACAGCCUUUUCUUGGUUGCCGCUCAUGAAUUUGGCCAUGCCAUGGGACUAGAACACUCUGAAGAUCCUGGUGCACUCAUGGCCCCCAUUUAUACCUAUACCAAGCAUUUCCGGCUUUCACAGGAUGACAUUAAAGGAAUUCAAGAACUUUAUGGGGGCUCUACUGAUGUUGGGCCAGGACCCAGUCCAACACUUGGUCCUGUUACUCCUGAACUUUGCGGCCAAGACAUUGUGUUUGAUGCCAUCGCUCAACUCAGAGGAGAGAUCUUCUUCUUCAAAGACAGAUUCAUCUGGAGGACAGCAAACCAACGGAACAGGCCAAUGGGUCCUUUGCUGGUGGCUACCUUUUGGUCUGAGCUGCCGGAAAAAAUUGAUGCCGUCUACGAGGCCCCUCAGGAAGAGAAGGCGGUCUUUUUUUCAGGAAAUGAAUACUGGGUCUAUUCAGCCAGUACUUUGGAAAGAGGUUAUCCAAAGAAACUUACCAGUCUGGGGCUGCCCCCUGAUGUACAGCGCGUGAAUGCAGCUUUUAACUGGAGCAAAAACAGGAAGACCUACAUUUUUGCCGGGGACAAAUUCUGGAGAUAUAAUGAAGUUAAGAAGAAGAUGGAUCCCGGCUUCCCAAAAUUAAUUGCAGAUGCUUGGAAUGGAGUUCCAGACAACCUCGAUGCCGUUCUAGAUGUGAGCGGAAGCGGUCACAGCUAUUUCUUCAAGGACUGGUACUAUCUCAAACUGGAAGACCAGAGUCUGAAGAUUGUUAAAGUUGGAAAUGUGAAAUCCGAUUGGUUGGGUUGCUAAGCAGUGUGACAUCUUAGUCACCAAAGCAAAGAAACAUUUAUACACUUUUUUUUUUACAUUUGUAAAAAGGCCUACGUCUUUCCUGCAAUUAGAGAUAGAUUUGUAUGCUUAUGCGCGGUCCGGUCUGGAACUGGCACCAAGUCACCAAAUACCACUACUUGACACAACUGUUUUGUUAGAUUGUUUGAUUCUGCACAUUUACUUGGAAGUAAGUUCAAUUAAAUUUGUAAGAUUUACCUCUAAAUAAAUGUAUUAAGAUGGGGAAUACCCGACCCCAAGAGGA